CAAAUGAUUACAAACUUAGUCAGACAUUGUUGGUACCUGAACAGUCAAUUAAUGACAAAGGUGUCCCAGGUGGUAUGGAAAUGUCAAGAGAUGGGUCGAUAUCAACUGAUGAUAUAGAAAUAAUAGACAAAACCAUGAAUGUAUUAAGUGGGAGUAACGCUUCAUCACUAGGACGUAAAGAGUUGAUAAGAAAACAGUUUUUGUUUCAGGGCUCUGCUCAGAGCCUGCCAAGUACAAGUUCACUAACUAAUUCAGCAAAAGACGGUACGAAUAUAAUGCCAGAAAUUUCUAGUACUGAUGUGUCUAAUACUUUUCGUGAUGUGAAUACGGGGAUUAGAAAAUCUUUGAGUAAACAGAAAAAUUUCUUGCAACCACAGUCAUUUGGUACAGCUGAAAAAGAUACGAGCGAUGACAGCCAGUUUAAUUUAAUGUCUAGUAAACCAAACUUAGCUAGUAUCAAUGCUAUAGAAGAACCUAACCAGAAUUCAAUUCAUCACAUCAACAGUUUACACAAGAACCAUAGCAAUUCUCUCGAGUUAUUAGUUAGAGAAACCACUGAUACUCAAAAACUACCUGGCGAAUCAUUGAACUUUGCAGAGGAUCUCCAUUCUCUUCCUCUAAAAAUACCUGCAGAAUUUUCAAGCUUCAGAGAAGAGUCGCAAGAUUUUUCUCCAAAGAUAUGUGGGGAAUCGGCAGACUAUAUGGAAAAGCCUAACUCUCCAACUGUAAAAAUACCUGGUGAGUCCAUGAGUAUUGAAAAUAAGGCAUUAGACGCUCCUGUACCUGUAAAAAUGCCUAAAGAAAUUUUGAGCUGCAGAGAAGAGCCUCAAGAUCCUUCAUUAAAAAUACCUGGGGAAUCGACAAGCUUUAUACAAAAUCCUCAAUCUCUGCCUGUGAUCAUACCUGGAAAGUCAAUGAUUUUUGAAAAUGAGGCUUUAGAUUCUCUCACACCUGUAAUCACACCUGAAGAAUUUUCCAAUUUUAAUGAAGAAUCACAGGAACCUCCUUUAAAAAUUCCUGCAGAAUCGGCAAACUUAAUAAAACAGGCUGAAUCUCCACCUGUGGAAAUACUUGGUGAGUCAAUGAGUUUCGAAAAUGAGACACUAGAUUCUCAUAUACCUGUAAAAAUACCUGGAGAAUUUUCGAGCUUUAGAGAAGAAUCGCAAGAUCCUCCUUCAAAAAUUCCUGGUGAUUCGUCAAACAUUAAGAAAAUAGCCGAAUCUCCACCUGUGAAAAUACCUGGCGAGUCAAUGAGUUUUCAAGAUGCUUUGAAAGACCUCCCAAUGCCUGUAAAAAUAAGUGGAGAACUGUUGACCUCAGAAGAAGAUUCACAAGAUCAUCUACCUGUGAAAAUUCCAGGGAAAUCGUCCACCAGAUAUGUAGAACAAGAGUGUUCUUCAUCUAUUCGAACAACUGGAGAAUUAUCAAGAAGCGUUAGAGAAGAUAUAUUAGAAUCAGAUAAUAGUUUUGAUUCCACUGAUGGAGCUGCCUCCUUACCUUUAAGAACCCCUGUGAUCACUGCAACCCAUGGAAAAAAUUCUUUUGAUAUAGCCUCGAGUGAAGAUCAAAAGACAGUGAUUACAUCCAUAAAGCCUUUUAGAUUACCAAGCUUACCUAAUUUGUUUGAAAUCCAGGGAGAUUCUGCUGCACUUUCAGAAUCAUUAAACACUGUUCAGCGCCGUCUAGAUGAGGCUCGGAAUUUUGAGCUUGGUCAGCGGUCUUCAAACAGUAGUGAUGGGAGUAAUUCAGAUACUGAAUCGCAACAAGCUGCUGCAUCUCGUAAUGGGACUAAAAAGAGAUCAUAUAAGCAACAUGGUGUUGCGUCAAACGAUACUGUGGAGUAUUACCAGCUGUGGCGCAGUACUGGUGGUACUCAAGCACCGGAAUUUCUUUACGAAACCUUGUAUCCAAAUCCUCCACCACUGCCUCCAAGAUCAGUGCACAAACCACUGCACAGAACUCAUGCAUUACCAAGUGUGCCUCCUGAACUACCCAAAAGGUAUCCUCAAAAACAUCCAACACCCUUUCAUCCUGAAGAUUGUUUUGGGUUUGAAAUUGUGGAUGUUGACGAAGCCUCAGGAUUGAAGUCUCGUACAGCUGUAACAAAGAGUAUAGCUCUGCUAAGCUCUCCAAGACCGCACAGGCCUCUGUCGAGGCCACUACCUGACUCGGCAUUGCUCAAUCAAUCAGAAUGCCCUCCAACGCCGACACAUCGUCCAAGACCACUCCGUCCUUUACCUAUCUGUGCAACUUCAAAAGCAUCUGUUUCGUCAGAGGAACCAUUACCGACAUCGUGGGAAGCCAGAAUUGAUAGCCAUGGCCGUGUGUUUUACAUCGAUCAUGUGAAUCGUACAACGACAUGGCAGCGCCCAGGAAUUGUGACUCGUAAUAGUGGUUGUGACAUGCAACGCCAGCAACUCGACAGACGAUAUCAAAGUGUCCGCCGUACCAUAUCUCGACCUGAUAAUAUUGAUCAAGAGCCAGCGAAUUCAAAUGUCGGUACUAACAAUUCAGAAACAACUGCACGGCAGUUAGAACAUCAAAUUGAACGACGAGCAGAGCGUGCCAAUACAAACGAAAACGAACCAUUUGACAUAACAACAACACCACCCAUAUUGUUUUUAACAAGAUCUGACUUUUUUACCGUUUUGCAUACAAAUUCUGAUGCUAUGGAAUUGUACAACCGAAAUUCCAGCUUGAAGCACAUGAUAAGUAAGAUUCGAAGGGAGCCUGCAGCGUUCCCGAGAUAUGAACAUAAUCGAGACCUUGUUUCUCUGAUUAAUUUUUUUGCUGAUCCUUUGAAAGAACUCCCCAGAGGGUAUGAGUCUAAACUUGACAGAACCGGCAAAAGAUUCUUUAUUAGUCAUGCAAGAAAGGCGACGUCAUUCAUUGAUCCACGGUUGCCAACUGAGCCUACGCAUCCAAGAUCUGUUAUAGACGAGCCACCUGUGCCACCGCCGCGGCCGCAGCAAUCAACCGUCCAUACAUCUCCCGACAUUCCAAUAGCUUACAAUGAUAAGGUCGUAGCUUUUCUGCGCCAGCCAAAUAUUAUGGAUAUUCUGAAGGAAAGACACGCCGGCUUGGGGCAGAACAUUGCCCUCAGAGAAAAAGUUAACACUGUUAGAGUUGAGGGAACCACUGCUCUGCAAAGAUUGGGGCAUGAUGUACCAUUGGCAUUGCUUUUGAGCUUGUUCGAACAUGAAAUAAUGUCAUAUGUACCUGGUAAUAUUGGUCGCUCUCCUCUGGGAAGUCCACAUGCUUCACCAGGGUUAGCCAGAGCCUCGGCUAGAGCUCCAGCACCCUAUAGAAGAGACUUUGAAGCAAAGCUAAGGACCUUCUACAGAAAGUUAGAAAGCAAAGGAUACGGCCAAGGGCCUGGUAAACUGAAGCUACACAUCAGACGAGAACACCUGCUGGAAGAUGCCUUCACCCGGAUAAUGGCGGCCUCUAAAAAGGACUUGCAAAAGGGUAAAUUAGCAGUGACAUUUGACCAUGAGGAAGGUCUAGAUUAUGGAGGACCAUCGCGAGAAUUUUUUUUUCAUUUAUCUCGAGAGUUAUUCAAUCCUUAUUACGGGCUCUUCGAGUAUUCUGCUAAUGAUACUUACACUGUUCAAGUAUCUCCAAUGUCUGCUUUUGUCGAUAACUAUCAUGAUUGGUUCAGAUUUUCUGGACGAGUGUUGGGGCUUGCUUUGGUACAUCAGUACUUACUUGAUGCCUUUUUUACAAGGCCAUUCUAUAAGGCAUUGCUUAGAUUACCUGCAAGUUUAAGCGACUUGGAAAGUCUGGAUCAGGAAUUUCACCAGAGCCUAAUGUGGAUCAAAGAGCGUGACAUAAGCAUCGAACCUUUAGAACUAACAUUCUCGGUUACGGAAGAGUUACUAGGUCGUGUGGCAGAGCGUGAAUUGAAGCCAGGUGGAAAGAAUAUAAUGGUUACGGAAAAGAAUAAGAAAGAGUACUUAGAAAGGGUUGUUCGCUGGCGCUUGGAACGUGGUGUAGCUGAGCAAACUGAAUCUCUUGUUCGCGGUUUUUAUGAGGUAGUUGAUCCUCGUUUGGUAUCAGUAUUUGAUGCACGCGAAUUAGAACUAGUCAUAGCUGGAGCUGCUGAAAUAGAUUUAAAUGAUUGGCGAGCACACACUGAGUACAGAAGUGGGUAUCAUGAUGCGCAUCCAGUUGUCGAGUGGUUCUGGAGCUGUAUAAGUAGAUUUUCAAACGAACAGCGAUUAAGAUUACUGCAGUUUGUUACUGGCACUUCAAGCAUACCAUUUGAAGGCUUUGCUGCUCUUAGAGGAUCGACAGGACCCAGAAGAUUUUGCAUUGAGAAAUGGGGAAAACCAAAUAGCUUACCAAGAGCGCAUACUUGUUUCAAUCGCUUGGACUUACCGCCUUACCCAACACCAGAAAUUUUGUAUGAAAAGUUGCUUCUUGCUGUUGAAGAAACCAAUACUUUUGGAAUCGAGUAAGCAUCCCUUGGAAUAUACCAAUAUCGCUUUAUUUACCUUUUGAUAAAUUUUACGAAUAUAAAAUUAAUGAAGCUAGGUUCUAUUAUAGUGAGAAGCAGGUAUAAACUAAGUAAGACAAAUACAACUGUUACGAAUCCAUAACAAUAUUGAAAAGAAUGAAAUGCUUAGAUUGUUACAAACGAAGUCUGUGAUGGGAUUGAUAAACACAGACAAAAUUUUAUGCAUUCUAUCUAUGCCGUGUCUCUGAAUCCGUGCGGACACUUAAAUCAGAUAGAUAAGAACGAUGACCAAUAAGUUUUGAAGAAAUUUACUAUUUUAUCUUAUUGUCAGCGAUGGAGUUCUUCUACAAGAUUAUUACUUUCACCAACUGACUCAUUUGUUGAAUGUCAGUUAUUAUAUAGCAGUUUGAAAUUCUGUAUUUACACCAAUCAGAGUAGUCAUUAGUGAGCCAAAAUGCAGUGUUUUAUUUAGACUCGCUGAUUUGGAAGAGACGAAAUUUAAUUUAUACCUAUUUAAAUAUUAUUUAGGCUUGUUUCGUAUAUCCUUUUGUGGAACAUGACUUCAAGGGUUGUAUAUUGGGGAUAUUAUCAUUUUUGCAUUAUACAAAUUUCGAAACGGCAAUAUAUAUAGGUGCAUAGUCUGUAAACAAAACAAUUGCAAACAUUUAUGAUGAAAUAGUCAAUUUUACAUAACACAUUAAUAGCUGUACGAUUUCUCUAUCAAACAGAUGUGUACAACUUAGUUUUGGAUAAUCAGCAUGCAUGACUGUGAUGCCUUUCAUAUAAAACCUAUUCCAAAUACUUGUAAUAGUACACAGCGAUUAACUGACUACCUGGAGCGAGAAAUAUUACACAAUUAGAUUAAGAGCACUUAUUGGCAUCUAGAUAAGCUAUUACAGUGAAUAAGAGUUUUCGAGUUGAACAUUUCGCAGUUAGUACGAUCUCGAUUGGCAUACUUUCAUAUACAUGAUGGUAUCCUAUGUGCUCUCUCUAGAGGUUCUUCCAAAAAUGUAGGGACAGGAGGCUAAACUCCCAAACUCAAACUUGUUCUCAAAUUUUCAGAUAAACUCAUUAGCAUGAUUUCCUCCAGUUCAUGUGUUCCUAUCAAAGCAUGAUAACCUUCAGAUGAACUCGGAAAAUGAAGUGAAUGGUCGUUUUAAUCAGUUUACUGAUUUUGGAUUUUGUUUCGAUUUCACAUGUCGAUACAGAGCACAUAUAAUGAGUGCGGCCAUAGAGGCAAUCUGUAUUAUUGUGUCAAUGUUCAAAAAUAAGGUCUCAUCUUGUAAAAAAUUUGGUCAAGUCGAGCCUCUUAUCGUUGCUUUCUUGGAUUCUUCUGUGAACAGUGUUCAUAACUUACUUGACAAUGCUCACUGUGAUCGUGCUUCUAAAUAAUGUUCAAAUUGUUGAAACGUUCAAGCGCAGUCAAACUUCUUCAAGUUAUUAUAUAUAAUGGCACACUUUUGUGAUGCAUUCAGUCUUAAAACUAGUCAUCUACUACGUAGAAAUUCUUCACAAUCUAAUCUAUUAUACUUAUACAUAUAAUAACCGAUAUGUUAAUUAUUAUAGUAAAUUAUAUUAGUUUAGUACAACUUUUAUUAUUAUUAUUAUUAUUAUUAUUACCAUUUAUCUAUGAACAUGUUGAAACAUUUUUUCUGUUUUGUUACAAAAAAACAAAAAUAAAUGAAUGAAGAAUGCCUUUUUUGUCAUUGUGUAGUUGAAUAAGAUAACACUUUUUUCAACCAGUGAAUAUAAUGCAAUUUUUAUGCAGCAUCAAUUAUCCAAUGAAAAUCAGUCAAAAAUUCAUUGUAUCUUAAUGGUAUGUAUUUACUAUUUUAUGGGACUUGACAAAUUUUUUAUCAUAACUUUGUUUCGUAAAAUUGAAAAUUAUGAGCAAAUGAGAUUCAUGGGGUGACAAAUCGGAUAUGAGCACAAUCAUCAUCACUUUAGGAGAAUAUUUGUAAGUUUUAUCAAACAAAUGUGUGCUCGAAAGACUGUUGGUUAUUAUGAAUGAGAAAGAUUUUAUCUCGAACACAGUUCACACCAUGCUGAGGAUAUCAAUGAAUCAGCAACUUAAAUGCUCUCCUGAACCUAAAAUUAUGUUGUAUGACUAACAUAGAAGUUUGCUUACCCAAACUCUAUUUUUAGAAUUCAUACAUUCUCUACUUUUUGUUAGUUCCAAAUUACACUUGUCGUACAAAUGUUAUGUAGCAAUGGGUACAUUGUUAUAUAAAUUAAGAUUUGCAAAUUGUCGGUUAUACUUAUAUGUAUAAUUUUGCGUACAUAUGCAUCAUUUUCUAUGGUUUCUUAUAGUA